CUCACCCACAUCCCUUGCCUCGACGACCUUGACCGGUUUCUCUUAUACCGAAUGCGCUGCAUCGCGCGCUACAGCGCUCGCUUGGCCGGCAACUGUCGAGUGCGAGCUCCAUCACAAUCCCGAAACCGCGUAUCUCAACAACCGCAGCUCCGAAGCUUUGGGCAUACCAUUCGACCGCAGCAGGACAGUCGCGGACAAAACCCUUCGUCAGAUGAUCACAACGCACUUGAUAGUCGCACAGAGGAGCAAAAAGCGCGCGAACAAGAUGCGGCAACGGUGAAGAAGGAGGAUGAGACGAUCGAGAGUGAUGGCACACGCAAGCCCAAGCUGGUGGGUAAGACGUUCAGGCAGAGGAAGAAGGAAGCAUUAGGGGGCAGCAGCAUCCCUAAACCACCGCCUCUGCCGGACUGGUUUUUACAGCACAAUGUCAAGCUCUACGUCGACACCGUAAAGCCUGAUAGGCGGGCUAAGAACGCGAAGGUGUUGCGCUGUGUGGACAACGAGACUGGCCAUACACUAUUCACAUUGCCCUACUAUGGAGCAUGGCCUGUCCCGGGUCUAGUUCCGGAGACGACCUCCACAGUGCCGCCGCAGACUGAAAAAACUGCUUCGUCGCCAAAGAAGUCUUUCGAUCAGAACUACUUCGAUCACAAAUUCACCCCUCUUGAUCAGGAGCACGUUGUUUCAGAAAAGCCACGAGAUGCACCAGUCACAGCUCAGCCAUCGGAGGAUCUGUAUAAAGACGUGAAUCCACAUGCUCUCCUACGUUGGGCCAUAUUGCAAGCAGAGGCUGGAGUGCAAGCGGCAUUUUCCAUUGCGAGCAAUACACCGCACGCCUCUUCGCAGGCAGCAUCGAGGCUUGACUUGUCCUUGUAUUGCAAUGAUCCAAACUCGCAUGUCCAAAUGGACGACUUCGUUGAAGAUCUCGCCGCGAUUUCCGGAGCACACGUUAUACGACUCGACGCCAAUGAUCUCGCCGAUCUAGCGGCCGACUAUGUCGGACAAGGAGCAGACUCACCUGAAUCUUUCGCCAAUCUAGCAUACGACGUAUUCGGUGGAUAUACAUCACAGACUGUCCCUUCACAGAGGAAAGCCGAGGACGAUCAGGACCAGGCCUACGAUCAGGACGAGAUGGACGAUGAGCAGAACGAGGAUGCGGAAUCACGAAAACCCGGUAGUGCUGGGAACCCGCUGCCAUUCAGCCUGGAAGGCCUCAGAAAACAGCUCAUGAGCCGCCGCUUCGAGUUGGCAAGAGCAUUGAGCAAGGUUGGGCCACAAGAUGUCAUCAUUGAUCUGGAUACAAAUUGGAAGCCCAACACAUUUACUCCCGCUAAUACACGCAACGAUCAAGAAUACGACGUUGCCCGACUGACGAAUCUCCUGGAGCAAAUUCUCGAUGCACCUAAGCUUGGUCAAAGCGGAAAUACACUGCGCAAAUUCAGCCUGAGCCAAUCGGAGAUGAGGGCGCACAAGGACACGAACAAAACAGACAUCUCCCAUCAAGCACUUUGGCGAAUGUGGCAUUCUAGUGCUGGCUGCUGGCGGCCAGAUGCAGCAGGUCUGCUUGCAACGCAGAUCCGUAAUUCGAGUCAGCAAGAGUCACAAGGGCAGCAUUCUUUGACAGUAGAAACAAUGGACGGCAACAAUGAAGCGCCCGCAGAGCACCAAGAAUGCACCAUUGUACACAUCCGCGAUUUGCGAGACAUUACUGUCUCACGGGUGGGUGAGAGGAUCGUCAGAAGACUCGUAUCCGUUGUUCAGAAACGGCGCCGAGCUGGCCAAAGGAUAGUGAUCGUUGGCUCUUCUUGCUGCGAUCCUUCUGACUUUGUAUCAUUACCACAAGCUCUGGAUGACUUCCGAACGCUAUCUGUUCCAGCCGUCUUCCGCAUGUCGAAGCAUGAUCAGGCUGAGUUCGUCCCUGGCACACCGGCGAACGACAACAUCACAAUGCCACCGUAUAGUCGUAUUCUGGAAAUCAAUCUGCGUCAUAUUCAGCGAAUGUUGCGCAGUCUGCGACCGAGCGAAACGAUCGAAUUAUUCACGGAAGCUGCUCAGCGGCAGCUCAGGCUUGGCGACGAUAUUCUGGCGAAGAAUGUCAUGUCGUUUGAUAUGGUUCAACGUAUAGUACUUACUGCCAUUGGUCUUUCCGAAACGCACGCUGUUUCUGAUCAAGUGAACGCCAGUCAUAUCGGGCUUGCGACCAUGAUCACAAGGCAAGCGGCUCAGGUCGAGCGCGACUGGGCCGACUACGUGCGCAGCAAAGACCUGGGCGUGCCAUUUACUGAUACUAAUAACUUCGAGUCGAACGGUACCCCGUCCAAGGCUCCAUCUAAACUGGAGAAGAUCAAAAAGGAUCUGAACCAAUAUGAAAGUAAACUCUCGACUGGUGUUAUCGACGCCGCCAACAUCAAAGCUGGCUUUGAUCAAGUUCACGCUCCUGCCGAGACUAUCGAUGCGCUCAAGACAAUGAGCUCACUGUCGCUGCUACGGCCUGAUGCCUUUAAAUACGGUGUGCUAGCUGCCGAUCGCUUGCCAGGACUCAUGCUCUACGGUCCUCCAGGAACGGGCAAGACGCUUUUGGCGAAAGCUGUUGCGAAGGAGUCUGGAUCUACAGUCCUGGAAGUCAGUGGUGCUCAGAUCUAUGAGAAAUAUGUUGGAGAGGGCGAGAAGAUGGUACGAGCAGUCUUUAGCCUGGCUAAGAAGUUGUCGCCUUGCAUUGUCUUCAUCGACGAGGCAGAUGCUAUCUUUGGCAGUCGCAGUUCUGCCGGCAACCGAAACACGCAUCGCGAGAUCAUCAACCAGUUCUUGCGUGAGUGGGAUGGAAUGGACUCGCACAAUGUGUUCAUUAUGGUUGCAAGCAACCGACCCUUUGAUCUUGACGAUGCUGUACUACGAAGGCUACCUCGAAGACUCCUUGUUGAUCUGCCCGUUGCGAAAGACCGAGAAUCUAUUCUCAAGAUCCACCUUCAUGACGAAGCACUCGACAACAGUGUCGAUCUGACCAAACUCGCUGCCGACACCCCUCUUUAUUCCGGCUCCGAUCUCAAGAACCUCUGUGUCUCUGCCGCGCUCGCAUGUGUGCGUGAAGAGAAUGAUCUGGUAGAAAGCAAGAAGGGUGUCGACAAAGACUUCAAACUCCCCGAGAAGCGAACGUUAUCGGCUAGGCAUUUCGAAAAGGCGAUCAAGGAGAUCUCUGCAUCGAUUAGCGAGGACAUGGGCUCGUUGGCUGCGAUUAGGAAGUUCGAUGAACAGUAUGGUGAUCGCAGGAAUCGGAGAAAGAAGACGCAGUACGGGUUUGGCGUUGGAAAUAGUGGCGUUGAUGAAGAUGCGGCGAGGGUGAGGCAGGGGUCGAGUGAGGUGCAGAGCCCAUCGACUUCUUCACCGUCGCCGGGUGCACCUCCGCCGUGAAGGGAAGGGGCAAGUACCUAUGAGAUGACAUAGAUAAUAGAGAUGUGUCUUGCACAGAAGUGACUGCUCGUUACCCCUUAGAAGACCAUUGCGUGCCUC